AUAACCAAUGAAAUCUAAUGAAUCCAGUUCACAAAAACUAACCUGGAUUUUCACUAAGAAGUCAAGAAGUUGUCUGAGGAUUUAAAAUCUAAAUGAUUGGGCUUUAAAAUAGACCAGCUGCAUUUACUGUUAAGAUAUUAUUUAAGCGUAAUAGUUAGUCUAAUUAUAUGGAAACAGUGGUUGGUUGACGCAGUCCUCAUGGAUAGCAUAAAUUUCAUCAAUGACUCCAUGUUAACUGGAGCAGAAGGACCCAUAUCCUCGACUGUUGAUGAUCGUACGAUUGCUUCUACUCCUGCACCACUAGCCAUGUCUACAGUGGGAAGAGACAGAGGAACGCGAAGGAUUUUUUUCCAUGAAAACAGGAGUUCAUUGUUUAGUACCAGCCCUCCACAUCAAGAAUUAGCUCAGAACGAUGCUGAGGAUUCUCUUGGUCUCUUACCACCAGGAUGUUUGAUGGGCAUGUCAAAUAGCCUUCUGCCAUUGGAAACUAUCAAUAAUUGCAGUAGGCAGGGAACAGUAUCAGUAGACUCUUGUUCUUCCAAGGAGAUAUCCAGUGAAUCUCAAGAAACCUUGGCCACAGUCAAGAAGUGUCCUACUGAACCAUACACCAGAGGUGCAGGUGUAUAUAAACCUCAUGUUCUCUUCCCGAAGCUAGAUGAAGAGGAUAUGUCUAAAACUGAGAAUCCUCCCAAAAAUGACUCUAAGGACUUGAUGAUGUGUAAUGAUGUUGAUGAUCAACAGAGCAGAGACUCUGGAGUGGGUCAAACCAAUUCUAUUGGCAGUCACAUGGGACAGACUACCUCUCGCAGAAGCUAUGAGACAUUUAAAACAAACAGUGCCUCAGAAAACUCUGACCUGCUUGAGGCUCUCAAGACAAAAAUGGAAAGUAAAGAAGCAGAAACCUUUUUUUACUCAAUGUCCAGAAUCAGUGCUGAUGUAAACACAAUGGUGAAUGAAAAGUCUGAUACAAAGGUAGACAGCAAGAAUGAGGAAGUCUUUUUUCAACCUGUCCCUCUGACUUCAAUUGGUGUGCAGGAGAAAGGUUUACCUGUUGAUAGGGAGGAACGUUCAGGAAGUCUAAUUGAUAAUUUUACAUUUAAGCAUGUCAACAUAAAGGCUGACUUUCAACAUUUGUUUUCUGAUUUGGGCUUCUCAAAAGAUGAAGUUGCAGGGAAAAUAACUUUAAAUUGUGAUUCUUCUAAAACAAGUGAGCAGGAACAGUUUAAAGAAAAGACUCCAGAACCACCUCAUCUGAUACAAGCCAGUGAAACACCAUUCCCAUUAAUGGAUGGACCAUUUAAAUUACCCUUUCUUCCCAAGAGCACAACGCAGGCUAAGAAAGUGGAUACAGUCCCAUCAUCUAGUGUAAGCAGUACUCCCAAGGCUGAGCCAACUCACAUUGAUUCAUCAGCGACAGAAUGGGGACCAUCGAUUCAUUUUGGGGAUUCCUUCGUUCUACAAAAAACAGAAUCUACAACAGAGUGGGGCCCAUCAAUACAGUUUGGGGAUUCAGUUCAUUUGUCACAGACACCUCAGCCCUUUAAAGAAAGGCCUCAUCAGGAAAGCAAUUUAGUAGUUGAAACUAAAACUGCUUCACCUGAGAAGAGAGAGGAUUCUCUUUUUGGAUCCCAUCAAGUUAGCACUAAUCCAUUUGAAGGUUUUGAUCAAGAAUUACUGAAUGGAAGUGAAGAUUUUAUUGAAGACCCAGAUGCCAAAGCCAAUCUUUUGGAAGAAGAUAUGAAACAGUUUGUGAAAGACAAUCCUUUUGCUAAUCGAACAGUAGAUGUUUCCAAGGACUCCUAUCGUGGGGUUGAGGAUACAUUCAUGAAUAUGACUAUUGGGACUUACAUGAUUGCUGGAUCACAGGAAUUUGAUUCAUUGUCAUCCAAAAAAUAUUACAGGGAAAGGCCAGAUAUUGGGAUGCCUGCGUACAGUCCUCCAGCUAAUAGACGAGUUUUGCCUAUUCUCCAGCCAAGUGAAAUCUACAGCCCAGUUAACAUUAGGACCAUUAAAUCCAAAUUGUUGACUAGCUCAGAGAGCAGGACUCCAGUCAGUGAAGCUACCUUUGCUUUAGAAGAUCAGAGUCACAUCCCAUCUGCUUCCAUAAAGGAUGACACUGUGUCUGCUCUUAAAAACCUGAUGUCUUCCCACAGUACUUCCACAUUGAAAGAGACACAGAGUGUUGAGGACAAUGUUGCACCUGUCAAAGAUAAAGAGACUGCUCAAGCUGUUCCUAAGAGCAGCUCAAAUAGCUCAUUAAAGGAAAUGUCAGAUUAUAUUAAAGGUUCAGUGGAGCAAGCUACAUGUCCUCAAACACCUACUAAAACAGUUGUCUUGUAUCAGACACCAGAUCCUCUAAAAAGAACUAAAGAUGUUAUAUCUCAGCAACAUAACAUCCAAGAUGGAUCUAUAAAUCUUACUUCAGAUAUGACGUUCAAUGCACUGCACAGGUUAAUUGAAGGACUUGAUAGCAACAUGAGCCGCCCUGAAAGUUUAAUUUUGUCAGAAUUGAAUAAACACUUUGAGGAGAAGAAAAAGGUGAGACAUCAGGAACACUCAGCCAAGCCAAAAGAAAAUCAGAACACAUCAGAAAAAGGUAUUGAAAGCUCAGCACAAGUGGCAAGUACUGAAACAUCUCUCUUCAAGUUGCCUUUUCCUGUCAAAGGAUCAGGACCUGCUGUAUUAAAAGCUAACAAAUCCACCAGUCAGAAAACAGCGGAACCUUUAAAGACUGCUGACCAUUCUGUAAGAGAUGUCUCAGCUAAUUUGUAUCAUCAGGACAACCUCUCCAUGUCUAUGAGUUUGUCUUUGGUAGAAUGUACUUUGGCGCCAAAUGCUACCAAUAUGUCCACUGCAGGUACAUGCAACAAUUUGAACACCAAUAACAGUAACAGUAAAACAUCUACACAGUUAGGAGAUACAGGAAACUCUAGGUUCCCAACUCCCUCCAGUGCUAUCAGAGAUGUUCCUGGAACUGUCGCAAACCAAACUAAGGACAAAACUCUACGAAUACAAUAUUCUGAUAACUCCACUUUUAACGACACCACCAUGGAAGGGCAUACCCUAUCAGCCAGCACCUAUCCCAAUCCAUUUAAGCAGGGCUAUUUGAAACCCAGGGACCAUGAAGGCACCUUGGUACAAGGCCAGCACAUAUUGAGUGACCUAACUGACUUGAGCUGUGAAGAUACUUCUGCCUAUCAUACUCUCUGCCCUGACACAUCACAGUCGGUGUACCUUCAUGAUGAGCGAGGUUUUGCCUACAGCACCCCCAUGCCUGGAACCCAGCCAAUCAUUGGUGGUGAAUUGCAAGAACAAUCAAUUCUGCCAAUGAUUACACCUAUGCUGCUGACAAAUCUGCUCAAGUUGCCAAAAACUGUCAGUUUCCCUGUGGCUACUUGUGUUAUGCUGUCGCAGGAAAUAAGUUUCCCUGUCAGCAAUGUCUGUGAGAGAGGAGUCAAGGUGUCAGUAACCAUCCGGGAGGUCGUUUGCAAGGGUCAGAGGCUGAGCCAGAACUGUCCCUUUGAUGUCAAGCCUCAACUUAUCCUGAGUGGCAACUCUUCCCAAGAUCUUCAGUUGAUUUUUCGACCCAGAGAGGAAGGAGACUACAAAGCAGUUAUUGAAUUAUUUGCUGUCAAUAUGAUAAGAACUCAGGAAACUAGAGUAUACGCUUUGACAGUUACUGCCUUUGCUGAGAAACCAUCUAUCAAGAUCUGGCCAGAGAAGAAUGUUUUAAAUUUUGGAAUUCUUCCAUGGGGGGAGACAGCCUUGCAGUCAAUCAAACUACAAAAUACUGGUCAAGCAACUCUACCUCUCAUUCUUAGUAUCUCUAGGAAGGAGGCAUCCAUGUGCAACUUUACCUUCAAUGCUAAAGAUGGGUCUGGCAACAAAUCUUGCAUAUCUUUCACGAGCCCGCCAGAUGCCAAAGGAAGUGUGUUGGCUAUGUCCUUACCUGGUGUGAAAGAAGGAGAACCACCAAUGAUCCACACCCUGGAGUUGUACUGCAGAGCUAAAGCUGUAGGAAACAUGGAACAAAAGUACCAGGAAAGAAGUGAACAUUUUCAAGCUCUGCUGGAAGUUGCUAUGGACAUGCCCAUCAAUGGUUUACGCUUGAGAGAAAUAAAACUGCAAGUUACUGUUGGAAUGUAUAAACUUCAUGUGGAUAAAGAGAGUUUGAUGAUCCCAGCGCUGCCUGGUAACUCAGAAGCUGGUUCUCUCAACAUCCUGAACUCGGGUAACAUCCCCAUGUCAGUUGACCUUGAACUAACACCAUCGGUCAGCCACUUCACUCUAAGUGCAUCAAAGAUUGUUGUACCCUGCUGUGAUAAGGUACCAGUUAGCGUCACAUUCACUCCACCAUCUCAGAACUUACAAGAAAAAUAUGAGGUCUACUUAAGUCUAACAACAUCCAUGUUCUGCUAUAGUGUGAAGGUUAUAGGAAAGGUCAAAGGCAAGGAAGUGAAGAUCACAUCUUCUCUGACGGAGAUUAAUUUUUGGGGUGUUGACUUGGGCCAAACCAAGAAACGACCAUAUACAUUUAUUCCCCAUGGAGACACUAAAGUCAGCCUUAGCCUUCGAAAUGUGGGAACCUCUUUUUUUAAGAUUGUGAAUGACAGAGGUCAGGAGAUGAAAUCUGCCGAGAUAUCAGUGGAACAGGGCAAACAGUAUGAAAUAUGGAUCAGCUUCUGUCCUAGUGAACUCAAAGGAUAUUCAACUGACCUUAUUUUAAAGACUGACAGUGGCAGUAAAUUUUCAGUUCCAAUUCGAGGUUAUGGUGGAAGGAGCUGUGUGGAAAUCAAGGACUUGAUUAGCCAAUCAAAUGAAUGGAUACUGAAUGUUGGUAAAAUUAUUUCUGGCCAGCCGGUGUGCUACGAGAUGAAGAUUAAGAACUCAGGUCCAAGGUGUUGCUUCAUUAAAACCCUCAUUAAAGAUAUUAAUGGUGUUGUCUUCCAACCUUUUCAAGCUUCUAUAUUGCCUCCCUUGCUUUUGUUACAGCCCCAAGAUUCUGCAAAACUAAUGGUCAUGAUAUUUCCAUCUCAAAGAGAAAACUGUAAUUCUUCUUUGAAUCAUCUGGCCACCAUCAAAUUGAUUUUUGUGGACGAAAUCAACAGGCAAUAUUUUCUGUCUAAACCUGGUAAAAAAGGAAAACAUCUGAUGAAAAAGUUUGACUUUGUUUUACCCAUGGAUAAUACUAUGAAAGAAAUUAUCAACAAUGAAAUGAAAAGUUUACCUUGCCAUGAAGACACUUACUCAGUUUUGAAGAAUUCUAUGUUUAAAAUGAAUAUUAAAGUGAUUGGUCAGUCAUCAGCAUCAGCUAGUACUCCUACUUUGGGCUCAUCGCAGCAAAAAAUGGAGGCUGAUUAUUCCAACCGCCUAUUGCCAUCUACGCGUCCAGUGUUAACCUCACUCAGCCCAAACAUAGCUCAGCCAGUCAGAGAUAAAGAUGAGUGGACUGUUGCGCCCAAAGAAGUUUGGUUAAAUGGAGAUGUACCUUCCACCUUGAAACAAAGUGUUCAGGUUAUUAAUUUCUCUGCACAGGAGAUGAGAUUUUAUACCGAGUGUGAUGAUAAUAUUAAUGUAUUCCCAGCUAAAGGAGUUGUGAAACCAAAAGAUACCAUGAUGUUGAAUGUUAGUGUUGUCAACAAAAACAUUGCUGCUAAUUGGUUUGGUCUGCUUUAUGUGUUAUUGAAUCCUCAUAACAGACAGGUGGUUAAAGUGUUUUUGACAAAUCCAGUUGACAUUAACACGCGGCAUCUUGUCACAGCUGUAACUACAAGCAGUCACAGGCCAUCAAGUCUCCCCCCAAGUCCAGAACAACCUGGCCUGGCCUCCAAAACACAAAGCUUAGGCCUGCAGCAUCCCACGUUACCCCUGACCCAGUCUUCUAAUGUAAAGAUUCAAGGAUCUGAUAAAGCUAUAUUGAUGACAACAGAGGCAGGAAAUAAAUCAUAUCUGGCUUACAAUUUUACAAAUACAAGUCAGGAACCUCUGUCAUGGAAGUUGGUUCCCUUUGUUCCCCCUUAUGUUAAAGAUGCUGAUGAUACACAUUCUCUCUAUCGUGUUGACUAUGAGGUAUUUAAGCUCAUCCCUUUGUCUGGAACUCUUCAGCCAGAUGAAACAGAAAAAAUAACCAUUGAAUUUUCACCAAGAUCCAAAGGUUACUUUAAUCAAGACUGGAGCAUACAUGAUGCACAUAAAUCCCAGGUGUCUUUACAUAAUUUUACUAUUUUAGCCAAGGGUAUUAUCAACCCUUCUCGAGAUGGAAAACCAGCCGACAUAGAAAGGAUACCAGAAGGGUUGAGUAGAACAUCCAUUCCUUCGGAAUCCAGACCAUCAAGCCUGCCUGCCUCUCCAGCUUUGCAGUUCCCAAAACCCAGUUAUACUCAGGGUGAAGGCCAAACACCAACCGCUAGAAGAGCAGAGUAUUUGACAGGGUCACCUUUUGAGAAACCUGAGAGAUUAUCUCCAAUGCCACCCAAUCCAGCUGUCACCUCAGAGAGAAGUGAGAGAAGCUCAGAGCAGAAGGAUAAGUCACUUGUCAUUGUUGAACCUCAUGUACAGUUCUCCAAAGUUCCUAUUGGUGGAACAUUGAACUUGAAGAUUUGCAUAAAAAAUACACUCGAUGAGAAAGUGGAGAUUGUGGUUGACUAUGAACCUAAACCUCCUUUCAUGAUCAAACAUUAUAAUUUCACACUUGACAAAGGCAAGAUGAUGAUGUUCCCUGUAAUAUUCAAGCCAAGACAUAAAGGCCAUUUUAGUGACAAACUGGUCUUCAAGGAAAGAGCUAAUGGCAUUAUUCUAACAGCUUACCUGCUGGCAGAGUGUUAAAUGUUGUUAAGGCAUAUAGCUGAUACAGAUUUGUUUUUGCCUUAUGUGUUCAUUAAGUUAAGUCUCUCAUGAACAAACAUUCCUAAUUUUUAUGUAUAGUAGUUACAUGAGAAACAUUUGUUGGUGGAUUGGAGACUUUAGAUUGUAGAUUUAUGAUGUAUAAAAUUAAGUAGAAGUUGUAACAUAUAUUUGUAUAUAUUAAUGCACUGCAUACAUCUGGGUGUGUCUGAUAAAAUCAGUCAAGUUUUCUAUGUCCUCUCCUUACUGUCUGUAGUAUGUUUGUGUUGGGUGUAACAGUACAUAGAAUAGAUGUGAAAGAAAAAGUGAGACCUUGAACUAUAACAUGUGAGUGAAUUUCUUUUUUUUUUUUUUUGUUAUCCAACAUUUUUAUUUUAUGUUUUUAAUGAAAUCUGUAGCUACUAAGAUUACUUAUAAGGCUUGAUUUUUCUUUGAGUUUGAAAAUAAAGGAGUGGAGUGGCUAUGCAGUCCUAGCAGUGAUAUACAUAUUUUGCCACAUCCACCACAGACAUAACCCUUGUCAGCCAAUGUUCAGUUUAGGUUUUUUCACCAUCUGUUUGUCCUCUGCAGUAGAUUACUUUUUGGUUUUAAAUGUACAUCCUCCAACCUUUGUAAUAAAUCUCCAGCUGUCUCGUUCUGAGGCUGUCUGGUGUUCUCUUCUAUGUCAAUUAAAGCAAGCUGAUUGCUUUUUACUAAAAAGAUUUUAGUCUCUGCAUUUUAACCUUCUGUACAUAUAUUAACCAUGUUGUUAAUUGCAUGUAUUAAACUGUUGAGUAAAUCAAAUACACAAUUGUUAAAUAUUGUGAAAUGCUAAGACUUGGAUAUUAUGUACAUAGCAUUCAUUGUGUUGUUGUUUUUCUUGAACAAUGUACCCUAAAUGGAUCAAUUAAAAAUCACUGGUUAAAAAAGAAAAUGGAUAAAACAACUUUUUUCCUAAAUAGAUAUGGGAUAUUUGGUUCCUAACUGCGCUGACUGACUAACUUGACUCCAUUUAUCUAUAUUUAUUUCCUGAAUUUGUAUAGACAUCAAAAGUAUGAUGACAAAAUUAUUUGGGCUGUGUUAACACAUCUGGACUGAACUCGUUACUUGAACACACUUGACUGCCAUUGUAUUCAAACAAAAUAUUUACUCCAAUGUUUAUAAAUUAUAUUAUGACUUCAUAAAUAUAGACUACAUGUUAUAUUAUGAAGCAUGUGCUUUUAUCUUGGGCUUACUUCUGGACUUGUGCAAUGUUUGAGUGUAAUUUGCUAUGUAUUGUAACAAUAGGAUUGAAUUAAACGUUUUUUUGUACAAAUAUAAA